CAGGCGGGUGUGGGUGGGAGCGCCUGGGCCGCGGGGGACCCCUCUGCCUCCCGUUCCUGCGCUUUCGUCCGGCCUCCCGGAGAGGGCAGAAACUCCGCCGGGGACCGCCUGCUCGUCCCCCGGCCGUAGGUUCCCCCAGCCGGCCCCCGGAGCAGCGAUUCGCCGCCCGGCUUUGGAAGCGCUUCGCACGGGGAGAGCAGCGGACCCAGCGCGCUGCGGGUGGCUCCGCCGCAGCUGGUCGGUGGCGAUUCAAAAACCCAACAGAUCUUGUCAACGCUGGGGCGGGAGGUGGGUUCAAAUCAAACCUCCCUCUGCCCACAGGGGAGAAACGUCCUGGACAAACUCCGCUGGGUCCGCAGUGAAACCCCUGGAACUGUGUCGUGGGGCUGGGGGAGGGAACAGCCACGCACCCACCCAGCCUUGUUGUCACAGACUACGUGCAAACUGCAGCGGGAAGGCAAGUUGCUUCUCUCGGCUCCCCAGGGCCAGUCCCGGAGUGUUUACGCGCAGAUUGAUCCCGGAGGCAGAACUGGGCUUGGAAGAGAGACCGAGGAUCUAGGGAGGCUGAUCUAGCGCCUGACUCGGAGGCUGUUGGAGAUUUCGCAUCUGAAAACUGCAGUAGAAAGAAACUCUGACUCCCUCCCGCCCUUUGCACAGAAACCACAGGAUCAAUCUUCAUGCAACUUCCCCCUGUGUUAAGAGGUCCAGGAAGGGACAGAGGGAACCGGGCUGCUGAGGCGAAAAUCUCAAUCUCAUGCAUUGACCUAAAGAGAAACCCGACAAGGAGGAUGCCAUGACAGCCGGCAGCGCUGAAGCCAGCAGAGCCAUGAGAAAUCAGGAUCCUCUGGAGAAGAAGCCCCUGGGACCUGCCCCUCCUCCACGGAGGCACAGACGCCGGUUGAGGCGCAAGCUGCCGACCGAGGGGGCCGUGAAGGGACAGCUCCGGAUGCGCUCGCCUUCCGGGGCCUUUGUGAUGGUGGGUGUCUCUGUCGUCUUGGUCGGCAUGACGAUUGCCGUGGUGGGCUACUGGCCUCACCGGGGCCCACACGCAGCCGGGCCUGGCGCCAGGCCGAGUAACUCCAGCAGCAUGGGGGACAUGAAGAAGGAAGUGAAGGGCUCUGCCCGGGGCCGCUACUUCCCUCACGGUGAGAAGCUGAAGCUGAUUGGCCCCGUCAUCAUGGGCUUUGGCCUCUUCAUUGUCAUCUGCGCCAACACCAUGCUGUACGAAAACAGGGACAUGGAGACCCGCCUGUUGAUGCAGAAAGGCCUCUACUCCAUGACCCCGGGCCUCCCCCAGGACUUCAGCCAGGAGGACAAGUACUGCCAGAGGAGGACUAGCUUGUCCCUCCUCAAGGCCAAUGCCGACUGUGUCGAGGGCUGUUACGAGGUGGAUCUCUCCUCCAGCGGCUUCCAAUCCUGUUCCAGUCCCAGGAACAAAUGGGCUGACUGCUACGGGCACAACAGGCUCCAGACGACGGCCCAGCUGCUCCAUCACAAGGGGGUUUCCCCCUCCAUGUCCCUCCUCAGUGUCCGCUCAGACUCUGGCAACUCUAUGGAGGGGAACCUCAAUCUGUCCUUCACCCGCGGGGCAGAGUCGGUAAUUUCCUUGGCUGCCACUGCCCGGUCACUUCCCAUCAUCAAGGUGAACAACUGCUUCAUUGAGAAGCCAUCUGCAUCUCCGGGGGCGGGUGACGACCGGGAGAUCAGCCUGGCAGGGGCUCCGGAUGAGGCACCACGGCUCUCAUGGACUCUCCCACCCAGUGGCGGCAGCAUCUUCCCCAGAGGAGAUGACCUCCAGAGUGGCCAUGUCGUUAUUAGCAUAGACAAUGGGCCUCUGUCCAUCGCUGCGGCGAGCGAGACGUACCUGGACCCAGAAGGCACCGAGAAAGAGUUCAGCUCAGAUGUGCAGCUCCACAAUCCGGGUCACUCCAAGUCACUGGACCUGGGCAGGCCGGGCGUGCAGCUGGUGGCGCCCAUCAAAGACCGGAAGAACAGGAGCUGGCCUAGACUUGACCACAUCAGCUUGGUGGGCUACGCCAAACUGGAAAGCACGGGCGAGUCCUCUGACAGGUUAUUGGAGCAGACAGAUCAGCAGGGCAGGGACGAGCCCAGCCCCAGCGCCCAGGCGGUGGGAACAGAGACGGGUUCAAGGGUCUAACUUGGCAGGGGAUGGGUGACACGGCCAGGACGCCCUCCCAUCUUUUCAUUGCCUUGCCUGGGGGGCUCCUGAGUGUGCUCUUCUUUUAAGCAGAUGUUCCAGUGUUGGGGAGAGGUCACUGCUGCUGACUGAGCCCAGAACAGGCCUGCUGCUUCUUAGGGGAGACUCUUCAAGGGAUAGUUAUCUCCUCCCCAGAGGCACCUGGUGCUGAGGUGUCGCUCGAUUUCUCAGUGGGUGGCCUCAGCCUUGCCUUACGACCCCCUCUCCCCAAGCCAUGUGUGAAAUCUGGGCUUAGACAAGUACCCCUGAAAGGGGAGGCAGAGUGGGGAUCCCUGCUACUAAGCCGCAGAGGCCCCUUUCGUCAUCGUUAGCCGGAAGGGCCGCAGCAGCGGAUGGAUGAGGGGGCCCCCCGCCGCCCCACUCCACUAAGCAAUUCACUUAGGCUACCAGGGUUAUUAAAUGUCCUCUCACCACCACCGAGGUGCUGAGUCAGUCAUUUUGCCUGAUGUUUCGGCAUCUGUCUUUGCAAAGCUUGCUGUCAUGGGUUGCCCCCCUUCAGGAUGCCACUUGAUAGGCUGAUGGGGGAGGAAGGGACAGCUCAGCGGUUUGAGCACUGGCCUGCUAAACCCAGGGUUGUGAGCUCAAUCCUUGAGGGGCCAUGUGGGGAUUUAGUUGGGGACUGGCCCUGCUUUGAGCACGGGGUUGGACUAGGUCCCUUCCAACCCUGAGAUUCUAUGAUACCACUGAGCCUACCUGUUCUGCCAGCCUGGGCCCCCUUUAACCUGUCUUGCUGAGACAGGCUCUUAAGCCUCCUCCAGCACAGACACAGGUAGGGCCACACCCAGCUGCAGAACAACACAGACACACAGAUCAGCUCUGGGAAGACUCAGCUAACGGGACUUGCCCCAGCACUCAGGUGCCCACCUCCCAUGGAGUGCAGACCCAAAGGUUUAUUAUCUUGCGCUGUAUAGAAGAAUCUGCGCAGUGCAAGCUCAUCAAAAUUCACCCUCUUCCUCAACGUGAAGAGAAAUAUGUACCCCCUUGUGCCCCCCCAGUUAGAAAUUGCACAAACUGGGUUUAAUAAUAAACAAAAUAUAUUUAUUAACUAUAAAAGGUAGAUUUUAAGUGCUUAUCAGGGUUAGCAAACAGAACAAAGCAAAUAAAACAAAACACACACGCUAAGCUUGUUUCACUAAAGAAAUUGGUUAUAAAUAGUAAUUUCUCACCCUAAAUCUUGAAUUUAGGCAGGAUGGAGAGUUUCUGUAGCGCCGAGUUCCAGUUAUUUCUUCUUACAGACUGGGCCCCUGUCUCAGUCUGGACUCACCCCUGCCUUUCCCUUCAGGUUAGUUCCUUUGUCCCUUCAGAUGCUUUCAGCAGUCCCUCUUCUUUCCUCUCCAUUUGCCUUCCUCCCCACCCUUCAAUAAGAUUGACAGAAGGUGGGAAUCUUUCGUUUCCCAAACUUGACCCCCUGUCUCCUUUUAGUGGAAAGUUACGAGAAGUCUCAGAUAAUGUCCCAGACAAGACCACCUGAUCUAGUAUUGUCACAGCUACGGCCUCCCAGGAGGGAGAUUAGUAUCUUCACAGUCUUGUUCCUCCUAAUGGCCCAUCAAAUCUGCUGGCCUGUCCUCUGGUGGGUGUCUUCCCAAUACACACCCGGUUGUAAUUGUUACAUAGUCCAUAUUCCUAACUUAGAUACAGGAAUGAUACAUGUGUACAAAUUGGAUAAUCACAUUCAGUAAAUCGUAACCUUUCCAAUGAUACCUUAUAUGAGCCAUCUUGGAUAAAACAUCUCAGUUAUGUUAUAUCCAUAUUAUAAGGAUAUUUUCAUAAAGAAUCUGGAGUGUAACGUCACACUCUCCAGCGGCCUUCAGUUCCUGUCUCCUCCAGGAAGUCCCCUCUGCCACUGUCAGAGUGACCGGAGGCAUCAGUGGCAGGGGCAUGGGCAGGAUUGCUGGAGUGUCUGGUUUCACUGAGGAGGGCACCUGGCUGAACAUGAAGAAGCAAUGGGAGCAUGUCCGCAAUGUCUAGAUGGGACUCCGUUGGGUGAGGGCAGGUGCACACUGCAGUCGGGGGCAUGAGUGCAGGUCAGAGGGGCACACCCCCUGCUUGCUUUAAUCCAGCCAGCCUGCUGAAAGUAGCAGUGAAAAUGCAGCCGCACAGACCUCACCAUGGGCCAGGAACAUGAGUCGUACCGAGGGGGGCUAGAUGGGUUUCAUGCAGCCCUCCCUGCUGUGUCUACACUGCUAUUUUUAGCUGCACUAGCUUGAUUAAAGCUGGUGUGUGUAUGCCCUUCCAGUCUCCACUGAAGAGAGAUCUCUGCUCUGCAAUCAGACCUCUGAUUGCUGUGUAGGUAGCGCUUUACAGGAGUGGCACUCAGUUACACCAGCUCUGAAUUUGGCCCUAGAGCUGCGUGACACAGCAGGGGGAGGGGAGGAAAUGGACUUCUUCCUGGGAAAUGUUCGCCACUUAAGUUUGAUCAAUUCCCAUCCCCUUCCCGAAAAGGUCAACGUUUGCCUCAAACGUUGGUACAAGUGCUUCUCUUCACCCGUUUCCUCUGCAAAGCUGCUCCUGUGGGGGCAGGGGGACACUGUUGGUGCAUUGUCACAAAAAUUUUUUGCAUUUGGAUCAAGUGUCCAUGAGACUUUUGCACAGCCCUGGCACGUGCUGGGGACGAGGAGGGUAACUUUGAACAGGAUGUGCGGCAUAUUUUAAAAGUGUUAUGCUGUAAGCAGGGAUGUGACAGCAGGUACCUACGCAGGCACCAGGUUAGCCAUGCAUAGGUGACAGCUUAGUCAUCUGCAGCUAUAAGACCCUGUGCAUCAGGUUGAUUUGUAACUACGGAUAAAAGAGAACCUAGGUCUGAUCCCUAGUUUGGUUGGCUGGUUUGUGCAACAUCAAGACUGAAGUUUUGCAAACUCCAAACCCGGCUUCCUCUGCCCCUGGCAGGCAGUGCACCGGAGGAGCCGUCUCCAGCCUUGUGGAACAGUAGGUAUGAGCUGUCUAGGCAUGCAGCUAAUCAUGCAUUCGUGCUGCUGUCUGACUAGGUAGAAGUUAAAGGCUCAAGGCUUGUUUCUCUUGUAGCCACGUACAACCAGGCAUGCAGCCCUUGCAAAUAUGCUAGUGCUACUGAUGUCCGUGGGAGCUUGGGUAGAUGAUAGCAACCUAUGUUAGGAUUAUACGUGGCCGCCCAUCACCAGAGGUAGUUGAUAGUGCUUAAAAUGGAUAGCAAUAGCAACGUCCCUAGGGGACUUUUGGGAGUCUCUGGCUGUUUGGCUGGGUGGUAGUGGUUUGUGUAUACGUUUGAGUAUAUGUGGAUGAGGGGAGGGGCAUCAGGGCUGGGAUUCUAAUGGUGGAAAGUCGUUUUCAGACAGGAAGGUUUUGGACAGACACUGGAUUUGCCUGAUCUCCUCUGGACAUUCGCUACGUAGCUGGACUCCCUCGGCCAAGGCCCUGACAUGGUGGAAUCAGAGCAGAAGACCAUGCUUUCAAAGGACUGCCUCUCGUGUACAGAGUGGCACAAGAUAAAGGCACUUGGGAACGUUGGCCAAGUGAAAAAAAAUUUCCCCCUCAACCUCCUUUUCCAUCUGGGUGAGUUCAGGGCUGAUGAAAACAAACAUCAUCCUCGGCUCACUGGAUCUCGGUGAUUCAUGUGGGCGUAUGACAUGUUUAUUGAAUAGGCUCUUCAUUGCACAACCAGGUAACUUACUAGCCCAGGUAUAAAUGGUACUUCCAGGCUGCUCCGCUCGCAGGGUGCCCAUUGGCUUUAUUCUUUGUACUUCUGUUCCCCAUUUAAAACAGGCCAGUAGCAUUUCUGGUGCUGGAAGCAUAAAUGCAUUAAAGACUGUAAGGUUCUCAGAUCUGAUAGUCGUGGGGGUUCAGAGGUUCUCAGACUUUUGUACUGGUGAC